CAGUGGCUCAUCAUUUCGUUCUAAUGUUUUCAUCGCUAUUGUGGCAAUUCUCGCUGUAAAUAUUAUCGAGGCCUACUUCAAUCAAUAAAUAACAAAAUAACCUUCUUAAUGCGGUGUCAGCAGCAUAUAAUUAGUGUUUAUAGUAUUGCGACAUAAGUGAAAUACUUUAUUAGGAGACUGAUACACCAAAAAGGUUGUAUGUGUUUAAAGUUGUUUGUUUCGAAUGAACUAAAUAUGGAAGUUUGAUUUUUUCAUAUUGUGUGAAGUGAUUCUGUGUCACGAAGGAAUACUUUUUGGAUUAAGAUUUCUGAUCGUCGGGAAGAAAUAUUCCUGCCUUGAAUUGACUGAGAGUCGAAAUAGCUCAGCUUUAUGACGCCGAGACAUGACGUCACGAGAUCGCGUGUCGCUGUCAGCUGUCUGUCUAUUGCUUUCGUACUCGAUUGGUGUAUUUGGAAGAUGGAGUGAAUGGGGUGAAUAUUCAGGCUGCUCUCGAACAUGCGGGGGUGGAGUCAAAUUCAAGACGAGACAUUGUGAGGGUCAUGGAUUGCUCAGAGAUGCCUGUGAGGGAAGAAACAAACAUUUCGAGAUAUGCAAUACACAGAGCUGCGGGGAAUAUGCCCAAGAUUUUAGAGCCUCUCAAUGCGAUGAGUACAACUUUCAGCCACUUGAAGGCAAACUGUACAAGUGGACACCAUACUAUGGACAUGGGGAGACCUGCAAGCUCCUGUGCCAGGCAGACGGGUUCUCGUUCUACCACAAGCUUGCCGAGCAGGUGGUUGAUGGGACUAUGUGUGGGGAGGAGACCACGCGUAUCUGUGUCCAGGGCAGGUGCAAGAAUGUUGGCUGUGACAACAAGAUCGGAUCUUAUAAGAAGCUUGAUGAUUGUGCGGUGUGUGGGGGAAACAACUCUGCUUGUGCUCCCACUGCUGAUGUCACUGGAGUAUUUUACCCUUCUCAACUCUCCAGGGGUUACACACCUAUUGUUGAGGUCCCAGAAGGCUCGGAAAAUAUCUAUAUUCAGGAAAAUGGUGAAAAUAAAAACUCAAUUGUGUUCUGGGACAGUCUAGGAAACAGCUUUGCGGUAGACAAGAAGACCCGCAUGUUGCUACCAAGGGUUGAGCUGGCGGGCACCAUGUUUGUGUACUCUCCCAAUGAUGCUGGCAACACCCAUGGAAGAAUUGAGGCCACCGGGCCGACCUCGCAUACCAUUACAAUUUAUGCUUUGAAUGAAGGGGCACAGAAUCCAUCUCUUCAGUAUGGUUACACGCCACCAAUAUCUGACAGCAAUGAUCUGCAACAUAGGGGCAGUGCAACAUAUGAACAUAAGACAAAGAAAAGUAAUGAUGGAUUAAAUGAUGCCCUCAGUGGCAUUAAGAAACCCAGUGAUAUUCAGAUUAGUGCCAGCAGUGUGCCAAAUAGAAAUUUCGGUAUAACUAAUGUACGGAUAGUUGAUAGAAGGGGUACAAGUUCUUUAAGAGAUAUUAAUGCUACAUUUAGCGAAGAUAGCCUGGAAGAUAUUCAAGACGGACCACGUUUUGUGUAUGGAAAUGGAAUCCAAGUUUUUGGUGGUUCAAAGUCAGUUCGCCAAAAUGUGCACCAGACAAAACAUACAUUGCUGGAGGCAAAGGAAAAAGGACAUCAUUUAGAGGAAAUCCGAUAUUGGCCGGAGAAUGCAGAACGCAAUCAUAUGCCAUUGCAGAGUCAAACAUUGGUUAGGAGCCUUGUUGGUGAUGAACGGUUCAUGUGGUCCCAUGGAAUGUGGACCGAGUGUAUCCCUCAUUGUGGGGCUGGUACACAGCAAAGAGUGGUGUCCUGCAUUGAUAGAGAAAAGCGGGAAGUUACAGAUCCCAGGUCAUGUGACCAGAACACGCGUCCAGUCUCAGUACAGCGCUGCAACAACGGAAACUGUGAUGAACGGGGAUCCCAUUUGCGCUGGCAGAUGGGCAGAUGGAGCGAGUGCUCAGCAACCUGUGACCUGGGCGACCAGGUGCAGGAUGUAUUCUGUGAGCGCGUGUUAGUGGACAACUCUACACGGAUGGUGGACGAUGAGGAAUGUCUCAGCGAGUUUCGGGCUAAGCCGCAGUAUCAACGGUCAUGUAAUGACGACAUUCUGUGUUCAGUGUGGGCACCUAUGGAAUGGGGACAGUGUAGUGUAACCUGCGGGGAUGGAGUUCAGUACAGAGAGGUUAAAUGUACAGCUGAAGGGGACCUAUCACACACACUUCCUGCAGAGUUGUGCAGCACAUUGGCAAAACCUGAUAAUGCAAGGAGAUGUCAGUUGACCCCAUGCCAAGUGGUGUCAGGGAAUUAUAGGACCGCCAACAGGUCGCGACCUGAGGCAGAAGUUCAAGGACGCAUUAAAGUAGUGUAUAAUGACGGAGACAGAUACGUUUGGACCCAUGGUGACUGGUCUGAUUGUGAUCCACAGUGCGGAGAUGGAAUUCAGCGAAGAGCCGUGUCAUGUAUAGAUAGAGAGAGCCGUGAGAUAUCCAGUCCUGGGUUUUGUGACAGAAGAAGCCAACCAGUGUCCGUCCAGCGAUGCAAUAGUGGGGACUGUAGACUGAACCCUGCAGACUCAUUUGUGCGAUGGCAGGUUGGCAGAUGGAGCGAAUGUUCGCAGUCAUGUGACCUAGGGGAGCAAACCCAAGACGUGUUCUGUGAAAGUGUUCUGCAUAACAACACCACCCGUGUAGUUGAUGACGUAGAAUGCCUCAAAGUGUUCAGCAUGAGGCCCGAGUAUCAAAGGUCGUGUAACGAGGACGUACCCUGUCCAAUGUGGAGACACUCUAAAUGGGGAGAGUGUAGUGUAACCUGUGGCGAGGGCAUACAGACCCGUCUGCUUUCAUGUGUUCCCUCGCAGCGCCAGUCGCGUCCCUUCCCGCACAGCAUGUGUAACCCUAACCUCAGACCUGUGUCCCGUCAACGCUGUACCAUGCUACCCUGUAAUAACUCCCCUCACAACCAGAGGCUGACCCCCAGACCAACAGGAAGUUCAAACCACAAUGUUAGAAUUUCAACAGGAUCUGGUGAUGGCAUUGUGCAAUACGCUGGUGGUCGAGUGGUCCUGCCAUGUAUAACACUGUCAGAGGAAGACCUAGCCAGGGACUAUGAGGUGGAAUGGAGAAGAGAUGGCCUAAACAACCCAAUCCUUGUCAAGUUUAGUGGGCGUCCGGGCCAGCCUACAGACGGCUACAAGGGUCGGGCAAGUCUGAUUGGUCACACUUCCCUGGAGCUAUAUCCUGUUUACAUCAGUGACACUGGCAGGUACACAUGCACUCUCAAGGUCAUACCGAGGCACCAAGGUCACAGUAGAAAGUACACCGUGGAAACAAUGAUGAGGGUGGCGGCAACAUCUAUAGGAGAUAACAUUGUGAUAACUGAAGAUGACUCCACUACCACUGCAACCAAUAAGGUCCACACUAAUUAUGAUAGUCAAGGAAUAUGUCGCCUGAAUCCAGACCAAGGCUACAGCAGAUCCAACCUCGCCGUCAAGUGGUAUUAUCACCAUGGCAACAACACCUGCUACCGUUUCUGGUAUGAGGGGCUCGGGGGCAAUGGGAACCGGUUCGAGAACGAGACCAUCUGUCUGCAGACGUGCUACAGGCGCCAAAAUACAGAGGAGGAGACAUGUUCGAUGCCGCCAAUGACUGGACGGGACUGCAAGGCUCGCAUGUCCAGGUAUUACUACGACAAGUCCCGAGGCGAGUGCCUGCAGUUCAUCUAUGGCGGCUGUGGUGGCAACAACAACAACUUCCAAUCCAAGGCGGACUGUGAACGGGAAUGCAGGGCCGGGAGCAGCGAUAAAGUCAUUGCAGUUACAGAGAUGGCGCUAGGAGACCAGGAGCAAGACUGCCGCACCUCCAGAUAUGGUUGCUGUAGCGACGGUGUCACCAAGGCAAGGGGAGACAACCAGCUGGGCUGUCCACAUCCCUGCAAGGACUCUGAGUUUGGUUGCUGCCCCGAUGGUGUAACGCCUGCCCAAGGUACAGAUGAAGAUGGUUGUGAAGAUAUCGACAUCGUGUCUGGUGCUGGGUCCCUUUGUGAUACGCUGGCCAAUGGCUGCUGUCCUGAUGGUGUUACCCCUGCCAAGGGGCCCUACAACGCCGGCUGUGAUGAUGAUGGCAAGGGUGUGAUAAUGACGACCGCGAUGAUGUCACUUUGUCACGCAAUGAUGUCACGGUGUCAGCUAUAUGUGGACAACCCAAGGACUCGGGACCAUGUCGCGAUGACAUGAAGGUCAUGUGGUAUUACGAUACCAACACAAAUCGGUGUGACCGGUUCUGGUACGGUUGCCAGGGCAACUCAAACCGUUUUAAGUCUGAAAAGGAAUGCCUGACCAUGUGUACUGGCAAUGUGCGACCUAUAGUAACCACGCCUACGGCUACACCAGUGUGCCGCCAGGAGCGUGUGCAGGGCCCGUGUAGGGCUUCCCUGCCGAGGUAUUUCUACAACUACAACACUGGGUACUGCGAGCAGUUCUCAUAUGGGGGUUGUCAAGGAAACGAUA